AUGUACUUCGAUGAAUUACAACGGAUUAAAACAAGCCGAAAUUGUAGAUAUUCAAAUGAGUUAACAAAUGAUCCAAAUCUCGGACCACUUCCACCUUCUCCAGGUGAAGAAGGUUCUCAAGUACCUCCAAAUUGGCAAUGGAAACCUGUGUUAGUCGAUGAUUUGUCUAGUGAUAAUGCUGAUAGACGAAAUCUAGCUGAAAGAUUAUUUCAAAAGAAUACUAUAUAUUCAAUUUUAUUUGAUCAAGAAAGUCAAGCAAGAAAUGAAUAUGAAGCAAAGGAACGAGAACAUAUUCGACAUAAACAAAUUCAAUACAAUGAAAAUAUGAAAAAACAAUGGAAGAAAGAUCGAAUGGAUUCAUUACCAAGUAAAUGUAUAGAUUCAAGACGGUGA